GGCAGGAAAGUCAGGACCAGUUUUGCACCUGGACAUCUGUUUAAGAGGCCUCUACAAAGAAUUCACACCCAGCCACAUCCAUAUAAAACUGCUACCACUAUUAUGCCCAUUCUAACCAAGUGAAACCUACUAGGAUCAAAACCAGCAGCAAUAUAUACAAGCAGUUGCUCCUAAGAGCUUUCCUAUGAAGGGUGAAGAAAUCAAGGAGCUAGGCAGCAUCUUUACUGGCUGGAAUACAAGUCAACUCAGGCCGUGAAAGACAGGUCAAUGUUGUUGGAGACAAUAGACAGUUCAAUUCUGCCUCACUCAUUCAGGGGGUACUCAUUCAAGGUCAGACUGGGAGCCUAAGGUUAAACAUUGCCAGUCCUAGCACAAACCAAACUUUCUUCUACCGGUUAAAGAGUAAUCAGAAUAACAGGUUAGAGUCGGUUCCAUCCAGUUGACACAGGCAACACUUGGAGAGGCAGGCCAUUUUGAUGGUGAAUGUGACAGUGCCUAUGUUGUCCAUGAAAGUGCCCAUAGUACCCAUACCAAUGUCACUGGUAUCCAUGGUAGUGCCUAUGACGGUGCCUCCAGUGGUGUUUGUGACAUUGCCCAUGACAGUGUCCAAAACAGGAUACCCAUCCCUAAAGAUCCCCCAGACCACUUUAGGGAGAGAGUGAUUACCAUAUAUUCUGGUCCCAAGUACAACCUUUUCUCCAGUGGAGCCAAACCAUCAAGAAAUCCAACCUCAAAAAUCCAAGUUCCACUUACUCCCAAAAUCUGACCCCAAAAGUUAUUUUUGCCAUCAUCCCCACCAAGGCUGGGGUGGACAGCAAAGACAUAGACCUUUGCAUGGUAUCUACUAAUGAAGAAUUCAUAAAGGGCUCCAACCCUGAGAACCAGGCCAUCUACAUCAGAGACAAAAAAAGUCUCCAGUUACCCCAUGGCUACAUGCAGCAUGGAUGGCCAAAAGCUCUGCUCUAGGCAGCUCCCUAAAUUUCAGGUUCCCCAUGCCCUGGGCUCCUGCCAGCCAGACAAGGAGAGCAUGAUGAUAGAUAUAUGCACUUAUCAGACCAAAUUUGGAGUUGUGUGUGAAGGAACUAAAUUUCAUAGGGAGAGUCACUGCAAGGACAACCUCAAGAGCCUUACUCUAGAGGCACGGCCCAUUUAUGUCACAGACAAUGUGGUCUGCUCCCGAUCUCCCACCACCCUGACCAUUGAGUCCCAGCAGGUUGAGCUUCCUAGCAAGGUCCAACCCUGGGCCACCCUCCCUGGUCCCUCCCAGACAUCUAAGGUCACGGACAGGGAAAUCACAAAGUCAGUGACAAGGAACAGCAAUGCAAAUCUGGAAGAGAAGGGCAGGUCUAUUACUCUUGUGCCCACAAAAAUUGGACUGCUUAGUGGUCACAUACCCCUGGAGCCACCCUACUUUGUUGGACAAAGUAUUCUAACCUACCAGAAGGAAACCUGCUGUCCCUGGGCAACAUCAGACAAGGGGAAUCCUACACUCUCCUUCUUGGCCCCACAAACUUACUCCUCAUCAAACAUCUCCAAGAGGUCAGUGACCAUGGAGCACAACAAAGGUACCACACUCAAAAGCCAAUCCGAGGAAUCAACCUCCUAUGUCUCAACCAAAGACAAAGGGUUCACUGUCCACUCCUAUGACAGCAGUAUGAUAGGGGGUGUUUCUAAUACAGCUGAAGUCCCCAGAAAAAACACCGAGUCUCUCCAACGUGUUCCCCUCUUCCACAAGGAGUUAGGUACAACUACAGUGACUACCAGCACAGGCUCUACCCAACUGUCAAUGCAAAACAAAAGUAUAUCUGUGCCUCUGACCGCCCAUGGAGGUGUACUAAGGAUGACCCUCUUACCAAAAACCCAUGUCUGUUCUGGAAAGGAUGGGAUGAGUCAGGGUGUGACAAGCGAGAAUACUAACACCAAGACUUCACGGGGUAGAGCCAGCAGUGCCAGCUACAGAAAAUCCUCGGAUAAGAACCUGUCCAUUGGCACCUAUUACUACCCUGAGGUCACUUAUAAGACAUUGCCCAUGGCUCUGGUGGACAAGGGGUAUAAUUGUACCAAGUAUUCCCUCACUGACUUAAGUGAAAACCAUACAAUGACCAACCACUUUGAAUCAUUCAGAGGACCCUGUUCUGAGCUGGCUUCAGGUGCUGAUUUCCAAGAGCAUCCCCCUGCCCAAAUGACCUCCUCCCAUACAACAGACCUCUACAAAAGCCUGGCUGCCGUGGUGAUAGACACAGGAACAGGUUACAGCAAGUGUGGUCUGGCAGGCGAGGAUCAUACACGCGUCAUAGUGCCUACUCGGGUGGGGAUACACCGAAACCCCAAAGGGGACAAAACACCCUACUAUAUCACAGAGGACAUAGAGUCAGCUUGUUCUACGCUGAUCCGUGGUGUGGUUACUGACUGGGAUGCCCUAGAAGCCCUCUGGAGCCAUAUCUUUUACAGCAAAUUAUGCGUGGCACCUGAGGAAUUGGCUGUACUGGUGGCUGAUUCACCAGUCUCUCCCCGUACCAAUCGUGAGAAGGUCGUUGAGCUCCUAUUUGAAGGCUUUGGGGUGCCUGCCAUGCAAACUGUCCAUCAGGCAUUACUCACCCUCUAUGCCUAUGGCCGCAUCACAGGACUGGUCAUAGGUAGUGGGCAUGGCACUUCCUACGUGGCUCCCAUCAUCACAGGCGAACUGGCACCACUGAAUGUCUACCGUCUGGAUGUGGCUGGGAAAGACCUCUCCGAAUACCUCUCCCAGCUGCUUUUGGCUGGCGGGCAGCCAUUGCCCAAGGCUGAGGUGCUAACUCACAUGAAGGAGACCUGCUUUGUGACCCUUGACAUGGUCUCUGAACCCAGGGAAAUAGAGGACAAGUUUCGGCUUGACUUUGUCCUCCCAGACAAGCAUGUUCUCUCCCUUGGGUCUGAACGGUUCCGCUGCCCUGAGGUCUUGUUUAAACCGGACAUCCUGGGCCUCGAUCAGCCCAGUCUACCCCAGCUGGCCCAGAUUAGCAUUAGCCAGCUGGAGCAGCACUUGCAGGAACAGCUGUUAGCUAAUGUAGUUCUGGAAGGUGGGACCACCCUGCUGAAUGGCUUCUCUGAGAGGGUCCAGCAGGAUCUGGGGCCCACAGCCACAGUCUUAUCCUUGCCUCACCGUGCCAUGGCUGCCUGGCUAGGUGGCUCCAUCAUCGCCUCCCUUGAUUCCUUCCAGACUCUGUGGUUGAGCCGUGGGGAAUAUGAGGAAGAGGGCCCGUGGGCCAUCUAUAAGUACCAUCUGUAAUAGUCCUGGAAGUAUAAAGUUACUCUGGAAGUCAGAGAGGGCUCUGGGUCUCUGAUAUCUGUUGGGGUCAUAGGAUUCCAGUUGAGAUGAGGUAGGGAGGCUUCAAGAGACAUAAUGCCAUGUCCCUGAUACUAAAUGCUCCAACCUUGCUGAAUAGGGGAUCUUCUCUUCCUUUCCCUAUCUCGCUUGGUGACGCAAUCAGCCUUCCCCACUCCACUCCAUCCUCUCUAUCUAGAGUCAAAGAUCCUUCAAUCCCCACUAGAUAUGAGAGGAAAAUAUAAGCUCCCACCAACAAACCUAGUGUCUAGCCUAGCCUAAGCAGGCUGAGUUUCCCCUAUAGCUCCUGAUUCUGGGAUCACAAAGAUAGUGGUACCCCAAGAAAUGUCAAUCUGUCUUCUUCCCCUCUAUAAAGGACAACUGUCCCGAACCU